AAAUGCAAGCGCCAAGACUUGAACCCUAAUAGACUGAGAUACCACUAUCCCUCUAACAAUCCAACCACUGCCGAUGUUGGCGGCUGAGAAUUUGUGCGCUGAGCCAAACCCAACCAAGUUGGACGCUCGCUCUGGGUUGUACUGGGUGUGCAGUGCAGUGGUGAGAAUGAGAUGGAAGAUCUCCGUCCGGCCCCCGACCCGACGCGAGAUCUUGAUCGAUCGGAAUCACCUGUCACGCCAUCGGGAUGGAUGCCCGAUAUGUUGGGAUCCGGUACGUAAAUCUCCUCACGCUACAGACGCCCCCGUACGAUCUCUAUCUAGGUUUUACACGGUCGCCUUUAACCAACUCUGGCCGUGGCCGGGUGUGGGUACAAGAAGUAAAGCGGCCGGCGGUGAAAGGAAAGCUGCCUAGCUAGGCAUAGGGCUCGUCGAUCCUUGAGGCUCAAGAUACAUAUGUCGAGCUACAGCUUACAGUAGCUACGUAGGUAGACGGCUAUGGGUAGGCUGACAUGAGGUGACCCAAAGGGGACAGCCACUCGACCGGAUUCUAUUCGGCGAGAACUAGAUUGUCGACCCGCUAACCUCAUUUCCCCGAUACCUCAACCUUUCCCGCCCUCCGUCACGCGUAAUCACAACAGUUAUAAUCAACGCAGACUCAAACUCACUGCGCCCGGCCGUUACCUACGUACCAUCAUCCAGAUUAUUACUCCCUCUUAUAUAUAUAUAAGACGUCUUAUAUUUAUUUACACAGAUAGUAGUAUCAUAUAUCUUAACUUUGUCCUAAAUUACUUGUUUUAAAUUUGUCUAGAUACGUACGAAUGUACCUAACACUAAGACGUGUCUGAACUACAAAAAUGUCUUAUAUUAUGAGAUGGGGUUACUAUUAUUCUCCAUAGAUUAACAUCCUGAUAGAUAAUCAUUGAACGCUAAAGGUUGCACGCACCCAUCACGCACGCAAAUCAUUGCCAGUGCAAAAAAGGUUCGAGUUCCGUGGAGCUCAGGGCCUAUUUAUGAUCGAGACAGGGUUUAGCAAGCUCACCUAGUAACCUCCGAUGGUUAAUUCAGUUCCGCUAGCUAUUAGCUAAUGAUAUCAGCUGUAGUCGUUGCGUUGGCCCGACCAAAUAUGGGAGGCGGUUCCCCUAUAAAUCACGGGGCCGGCUCCGUCGCCAUGGUUAGCUAGCUACCUAGCACGUACCUAGGCGGCUCCCUUUUGACCCUUCUUCUUCUUCCUCCUUAUGCCCUCGGCUCGGCUAUAUAUACGCAACAGCCACCUCUCACUUCCCUAGCUAUCUUCAAUUCACCGAUAAACUUCCACAUCUCCAGCCCCUUCAUAGCUAGCAAGCUCAGAGCUUGAGCGCACAAAUGAUGAAGAUGUUCUUCCAAGAGGACGCGCCGCAGCCAGACGAGCAGCUACGCAUUGAGGGGAUCUCAAGCCCCAUAGCUGCUCACAUACUUGAUUUCUGUGAUGACGGCCUGGGUGAUAACCUCCUUGCUGCAGUGACCUCUACCUCCGGCCCGUUUGCUGCCUCCUCUGAGGAUGUUUCAUCCUCCUCCACUGCCACCCCUCCUCUCUGCAGCUACAGCGAUGACAUCCCAGAAAUGCCCUUCUCCCCGUUACCCUGCUUUGACUCUACUCUCUCAGCCCUACUCGAGGAAGAGCAAAACGCGUGCCCUGAAACCGAGCUCAUUCCCCCGAUCAACGAGACACUUGCAGCACCAGGAUACUAUCAAGCUGCGGCCGGAGAGGCCAGCAUAGAGCAAUUCGGCCAAUCACGGCUUCCCCAGAGUUCUGAUCCCUUGCUGGCAAUGCAAAUGAGCAGCACUGCACCUAUCUCUAUGCCUCUUGCUCCAGGGUGUGAUGAAGAGUGCCUCACGGCGGCACUAGCCAGAGGGUACAUGAGCCUGGAUGGUGCCCUGUAUCCGCAAACAGGAGCAAUGAUCCCGAGUUACAACACAGAGGCAUCAAAAGUAGGAUUCUUCAAUGGUAAUAGUGCUAAUAGCAAUGGUAUGGUGGUGUUAGAUAUGAGUGACAUCGGUGAGUAUCAGAGGAUGAUGGAAGGUGAAGGACUGACCAGAACAUAUAGCGACACAGAUUCCAUGAAGGGGGCUUACAGCAACACUGCAGAGAUGCAGAAUGGGGGGAACAACCAAGACCUGAUAAAUGGAUGCAACGGAAGCCCACCAACAUUACCUCCAACAGAAACCUCAGGCUUAGAAGAUUCCACCUUCAAAGUUGUGCGUCUUUCAGCUGAACAGAGGAAGGAAAAGAUCCACAGGUACAUAAAGAAAAGGAAUGAGAGGAACUUCAGCAAGAAAAUAAAGUAUGCUUGCAGAAAAACUUUAGCAGAUAGCAGGCCCCGGGUCCGUGGAAGGUUUGCAAAGAACGAUGAACUUUGUGAAGCAACAAGAUCAAGCUCCCAAAAUCAUGAACAGUACGGACAGAUUGCGGGUGCAGAUGGAGAAGACAUGCUUGACUCGUCCGAUAUUCUGGCACAUUUGAGUGGGAUAAACAACUACAGCUAUAAGUAUAAUUGUACCAUUGAAUCAUGGAUAUGACUACCACACCUGCACAAACUGAAGUCUGUGUUCUGCUUUCAGUUAUGCAACCAUAAUCUAUAGUUUCCCCUUGAUCCUAGUAAAAUAAGGCUACAGCUUUACAGGUUCUGUCACAGGAGAAGUGCUUUUAGUUCAAGUUAUUGUAGACUUGGUGUAUUGUAUCAAUCUGUUCUCGCCUUUUGCCGUUCUUAACAGUGAGUGUGUUAGUUAGAGUCUCCAGAGCAGUGAUUUGUAAAAAUAGAAUUGUGUCCUUGUCAUAAUAAACAGUAUCAAGAGUUACCCAAACUAUUCGCCAUUCUAAGGUCUCCCCACUUGGUGUACAUAAUAACAGUAUUCACGGGAGAACAAGGCGUGGAAGUAAGGCAACUUUGGAUAAUCUAAAAAAUCUGAAUAGCACUCCAGUACAGAGAAUCCGUAACAUCUGGCCGUAUGUCAAGAAGAUAGACAAAUUAGAAUCCAGUACGAUAUAGGAGUAAUUAAAAUGAGAGUUGCAGCUCAGAAACUUCUGCCAUUUCAAGUAUAAUCAUAUAUGUAUCAAAUACUGGAAAUGCACAAUACAUUUGUUAACAUGAUCAUGUUGCUGGUCAUAAGCAAUUAGUGCAUCACAGACCAUUUGUAUGUGAAAGCUUAUGCACAUCACCAUUGGAUAGCAGAAAUGCAGGACUCACAUAAUGCGGUUGGAUUCAUUUGAAUUAUAAGCAAAAGGCAAAAUGGGCUUAUAACCAAUUAGGCCAAGAACUCCAAAUUUUAGUUAGUGGCAAAAAGAGAGCGACCCCAUCUUAAAAAUAAUUGCCCAUCCAUCAAGAGCACCGCAGAAAAUGAGAAAAACAAACGGGGCGGAGGAGAUCCUCCUAGAGGAUUCUGAACUAUUCUAGGCCAAACCCUUGUAGAUCGGGUCGGUUACAAGAGAGAACCCAAAAGCCUAUCUACACCAGGCCCAUUGUACAGGCCCAAGAUAUAAAGAAAUAACAAAUAUUGCAGUUAUAAACUUAUAAUUCAUUUCAGAUACAUGCCGUACUUAAAAAAAAGGUUGUAGUAGAACUGAAAGGUGAAGUAGACACAGCAAUGGGCACUAUUUUUUACAUCAUGUACUCAGUAACGCUAAGAGUGUGGUGAUAGGUUCUUGUCUUCUUGACAACAAAACAUAAACAUUUCAAUUGAUGGGUUUCAGCUUGAAUUCAAGUUAUCCAACAAUAACCCACAAUAUAGAAAAUCGGCAGUUGGUUGACAGAGAAAAUCCUAAUUUAUACAUUAAUUUUUCAUUCUUUCUGAAACUGAAACGCUGCCUCUAAGGUUCCAGCAAAAGUUCCAACCUGACCAUAAAUAAUUUAAAUAUCUCAAGUUAAACGGAAACACCCUCCCCUCCAGAAGUGAAACUGGAAGGUGG